UCAACAUUUGUUUUGAGUUCAAAAUAUUGUAAUUAUUCUCGAGUGGUAAAUAUCGUGUGAAAAAAUGGUUUAAAAUACAAUAUCGCCGGCCGAUAUCGUAUCUCCAAGCUCAUGGAGGUAGGUUUUGUAGCAUUAUAUAAUAUUUUGUCUUUGAUUUGUCUUUAUUCAUUUAAAACCCUGAGUUCAUAGCCAUCGAAUUCACCCCAUGUUCGAGUGUCAUAAUUGAGUAUUUUAUAAUAAUUGUGUGUUCUUCUUCUGUAAAUCCGAAAAGCUUGGCAAAUAGAAAUCAAGAGCCUUUGGCAAAGAGGAAAGUACCUCAGGGAAGCGUCUGGGAGAGAAUCGAUGGAAUUUUACGACGAUUCCCCGGUGCGCUUGAAUGGUAUUCGCCGUAUAGACUUCGACUACGUCGAACAACCCCCAGACCCAAAUGAACCGAAGGCUGACAAAUACGGAUUCACCGGUGGGGUUACAAAGACUGUAGAGUAAGUUAUAGACCUUGUUUUGUCUAAAUUUUAUCAGUAGUUUAUCAGGAACUCGCUUAGGAAAUGUUUGGCAAUAGAUAGAGUUUAGUUUAUAGAUCGUUGGAAUUUAAAGUCUGUUCGUGUUUUUUUUGUGUAUAUUAGUAAAUUGUGACACUUAGGUCAGAAUUUAUUUACAAAUGUUUAUAAGACACUCACAUGACAACUCAAGUCUAUACACGAAAUUUCAUAUAGACAGUUUGUGAAUCAAUUUCGUUCGUUCAUUGAAGAAAUUUCAUUAAUGUGAUAGAAUCCAAGUUAUUUUGUUCCUUGGUCACUGAUAUUAUUGUACAGUAUACAUGUGAAGUGGUUUUAACUCUGUAUUGGGUUUGUCUCAGGGUUCAUCUGAGGGCAAGUUUAAUAAUUUAUUUCGUGAAUUAUAAUGGGUCAUUUCAGAAAAGGUCCACACUCCUCUCACAGAGGAAAUUUCUGCCGUCCAGAAGGCGAGGGGAGGAAAAUUAGUAUUAGGACAUCCGAAGGGGGUAGGGGGGUCAACAUGUGUAGUUUCAAUAAACUGUCUUUCUAGCAUUAUGUUAUUUUUCAUAAAAAUUAGAGAAUCAUCCUUACCUGUGGAUGUUCUACGAGAAAGGGAACAGAAAUGGUUAAAGAUGAUACGAGAUUGGGAUACCUGGAUGACCAAGAAAUUUCCAAAGGUACCCAAAGCUAUGUUUAUGCAGACUCACUCCAAUAGGCCUCCAAGCUCCGAUAGAUCUAUCGUAUUCGUGUUGCCUCAAUCUUCACACUCGUUUUUAUAUUUUUAACAAUGUCUAAUGGACCUAUUCCCUAAUGAACAAAGUUUUGAUCUCAACAAGUCUAGACAAACAUUUCAUCACAGCUUGAAAGAGCAUCACAAAAUUAGUAAUAUUCCGAAUUGUCGUUGUGAAAUGUUGAAAAGUCCGGAUAAUAUAGCCCUGCGAAGUUUGCAGUUUUUCAGUCAUUUUGUAUUACGCACGGGAAAUUGAUACCUUUUUUUUCAGAAAGCGGUAUCAAUUUCCUUUGCGUAAUGCAAAAUGACUGAAAAAUAAAAUGGCUAUAUUAUCCGCAUUUUACAACAUUUCGCAACAAAACUUUAGAAUAUUACUAGUUUUGUGAUGCUCUUUCAAGCUGUUAUGAAAUUUUCAUCUAGACUUGUUCAGAUCAAAAUUUAGUAAUAUUCCUAAGUUUCGUUGCAAAAUGUUGUAAAAUGCGGAUAAUAUAGCCCCAGUGCGAAGUUUGCCGUUUUCCAGUCAUUUUGUAUUACUCAUGGGAAAUUGAUACCGCUUUCUGCAAAAAGGGCUUUCACAACGAAAAUUUCGGAAUAUUACUAAUUUUGUGAUCAUGCUCUUUCAAGCUGUGAUGAAUUUUUUGUCUAGAUCAAAAUUUUGUUCAUUAGGUAAUAGGUCCAUUAAGUACCCCCCCCCCCCCGACCACGGUGGGAAUCGAACCUACAUACUCGAACCGACCUGACCGCGUAGCUCAGUUGGCAGAGCAUUGGGCUAGUAUUCCAAUGGUCGUAGGUUCGAUUCCCACCGUGGUCAGGCAUAUUUUUCAAGCUUGCCCGGUGUGGAUAUACACUCAGAGUAACAUCACAAGCAUCAUAUUCACCUGAGUAGCUACAUUACACCAACACAGAAAAAAUCAUGAUUACUAGAUUACAUUGAUAUCGAAGGAACUAGAUUCUGUUCCGAAAUGUCACAUACUCGAACAUACCUGACCGCGCAGCUCAGUUGGCAGAGCAUUGGGCUAGUAUUCCAAUGGUCGUAGGUUCGAUUCCCACCGUGGUCAGGCAUAUUUUUCAAGCUUGCCCGGUGUGGAUAUACAUUCAGAGUAACAUCACAAGCAUUAUAACGGAUUAGUUCAGCAAUUAAACUUGCUUUUGUAUAGGAUGUUCGAAACGAAUGAUAAAUUACGGAAUCUUCCUCUGGAAAUGAUGCAAGAAGAUCGUUUAAUACCCGCUGUAAGUAAUGUCAUAAAUCAAUAUGCACAAGAUAGUAUGGGCAUUUUCUGUAAUUAUCUAUUUCUGCGUGCAGAACAUUUACUUAUAGACAACUCAAUUACAUAACUGUGAAUCUACAGUAUGUGAGAGCGACGAAACUAUUUAUACGUACUUACCUGACUUACAGUGUAGCAAUUUGCAAUACAAUUACGUCGCAAAUACGUUAGGAGAUAAGACAUACACAAUCUAUAUUAUUAGUUUUAAAAGACAAUUAAAAACAUUCCUAUUUCAUAUACCGUAUAUGACAUUGUUUCUUAAUAUUCUAUUUACUAACAUUUUAACGAUAAUUCUUACUUUUUAAAUAUUUUAGACUGCAGUAUUCCUAAAGUAUCUAAUGUUAUAACGUAUUUCUAAACGUGUAAAUAUAGCACAUCCGAACAUUUUUCACGAGAAUUUGCGCUUUAUAAAUGUAUUAUUAUUAUUUUUGAGAACCGCUAGUAUCUACAUUCUAACAUUCUAUGUAUUCCUCUCAUCUCAUUUAGAUCUUAGAUUUGGAAUUAUCAGUGAAACAGAUCGAGAAAGAGCAUAAAUCACGUGUUGAAGCUGAGGCAAAGGCGAUUGUUGUGAGGUGA